AUGCAGUGUCGGAAGUCACCUCGAGCCUCGGACAGCGACACUUUAUAUGACCGUUCAAGUCGGCAAUCGUGGCGGUCAACUCCACUUAAGCGCUUCUGUGGACUGAAGGCUGCCGACCAGCGAGCUGAGUCGGAUCAUCGAUCCGAAAAGGCUGCAAGAGACGAGUUGGCGGAGAAAAUAUUGGAUCACAGACUCAAGACUGCAGAGAGCCAGCCAAUCGGGGUCGCUGCUCUGUGCAGCCAGAAGCGCAACUCGAAUUUCAUUCGAGUGAAAGGGAAAACGGAUCAUCUUCCUGUCGACGUCGCUGCAGCAGCUUGUGUCCCCUCUUACAUCUGCACCUUGAUCGUCUCAAGUCGCUCGACUGCGUGGUAUCCGACCGGGAAACCUGCAAUCUGCGUCAAGCAAGAACCAUCCCAAGAUGCUUCGCGCUUUUUGCUAGCUGCACAGCAGCGCUUCAACACAGGCAGCCAGUCACCUCUAUCAGCUUCCGCAUCCGCCGACCAGCCAGGAUCCGGAUACCAAUCGAGCAGCGCACAGUCUGCGUCGGGUGACCCGACUCAUGAGGAGAGCCUUGCUUUCACCUCCGCCCCAGGCUCUCGCCGACCUUCUGCGUUGUCCCGAAAACCAUCGGAAAGCCACCGAAGUCAGAAACACAAAUGGUCCGCCGAAGAGACGCAAGCGCUCGUAGAUGGAUGCAACAAGCAUGGCGUGGGAAAUUGGAAGAAGAUCCUCUCGGAUCCAGAGCUCUCGCCGCUCUUCUCGGACAGAACCGCAGGCGAUCUCAAGGACCGAUUCCGAACCUACUUUCCAGACGCUUACCACGAGAUGUACCCCAACGCAAAGACGCAUCUCAGCAAGGCAGUUCGAGGUCGAGACGCAGAGGGAAAGAGCAUCUUUGAAAAGGGCAAGACCAAGGAAAGACGUCCCUUCACGCCCGAAGAGGAUGCGGCUCUCCGCGCAGGCUACCAGCAGUACGGAUCGCAUUGGGCCUUGAUAGCCAAGAACCCCAUCUUCAACGGCCAGAGACGAGCCAUCGAUCUGCGUGAUCGCUUUCGCAAUGCCUUCCCGGAGGACUACGAACGCGCCGGCUUCAAACCGCGUCCGUCCAAGGCACGCAAGGAACGCGGUCCCAGCGCAGCCAAACCAGGUCAAGGACAUGCGGCGCGGUCCGCUGCCAUGUCCGGCACAAUGUCUGACAACAGCCUCUCUGAGGGCGCUUGGCGUGGCUCCGACCAUCCUCUCAGCGAUGCCACCAGCGACGGACAUCUCACUGAUCACGGCAAUUUCACCGACUACAGCUACUUCACCGACCAGGGCAAUCUUACCGAUGGCGGUGCUGAACCAGUCUUGUCGGGGCCCUCCAGUGGAACGAGCAGUGCGCUUGGUCGAUCCAACUCCCUCACCCAUGGCAUGCCACGCUUCGUGACGGCACAGACAGCCCAGAGCGAGCAGCUCAGCUUCGGACAGGCGCUUGCGAUGCAACAGCAGCAGCUCCAGUCAUCCACGCAGGCGAGGCCGCCAUUCCUGUCAUCCAAUACUGCACCGCUUCCUGGAGCUGGUCUGCCGCUGCGAGCAACCGAUAUGGUCACAGGUCAGUCCAUUCACAACCUCUUUGAACAGCUUCAGCAGGCUAGUCUCGAGGGACCCGGUACAAGCUCCGAGACGAGCAGCAUCCGUGAACGAGUCACGCCACCAAGCGCCGGCGAUAGCGACGUGGCGCAUCAGCAGCAAUUUCAGCAACCAUCGGCCUCCUCACACGCCAAGGCUGUCUCGGCGGACGACGCUCGCCGACAGGCCGGUAAACAUGCCAUCCACGACGGCAUCCAGCACAAGAGAAGGAGCCACACAUCACGUGCCGGAAAGAACUCGGCGCUCGAGCGUCUGCCUUCUGUCCAUGGUCACCUCCAUCACAUGCAUGGCCACCCAUACGGCUCGGCGCAUUCCAGUCCACAUUCGCGACCUCACUCACAAUCAUCCAGUCAGCACGAUUCGCCAGCCGGAGGUGCUGUGCCCGUCCAGUCGGACCCUCGACUCUCGCCCUUGGGCCACACCGAGUAUCCUGUUCAGCCUGACGUCCUAGCGUGGUUGAAUCCGGCCGGUCAGAGUAUGCUGCCUCCGAGUGCGGCCUCUAUGGAGAUUGACCAGCAGCGCGCCGCAGGUGAAGGGCCUUCAUCGUGGUCCGCCUACAGCUCGAGCGCCAGCGACACUUCUGGUGCAGGUCUCCCCGGCUCGUCCUCUGCCAGCUUUAUCGGCAAUCAGCAACCUAUGUACGGCACGGGCUUCAAUUUUGGCAGUCAGACCGGAUACAUGUCGCCGCCGCACCCAGGCCAAGUUGCUCGUGCUGCAAUGAUCCCCGGAAUGGGCAGCGCGUCUGAUUCUUCGGCUUCUUCGGCAGCGGGCUCGCGCAGAUCUUCGGCAGCGGGAAAUGCGUUCACUCAGCUGCAGCAGUUCCAACAAGCUAGUGCCAAGUCCUCUGGGGAUCAGCAAGCAGACAUGGCCGCCAAUUUCAGCACCGGCUCGAUGCGGAGCUUUGCCGACACGUUCUCCGGCGCACCUGGCGAUGUUGCGCAAUGGAACGUCGACUGGGAUCUCGGUAGCAUCUCCGACUCAGGGCUGCGACCGGAUCAGGUCGACGAGCUCCUUGCUUCCUUCCCGCUCUCGCAUCACCCUUGGGCCGGUGAUCUGAAUCAAGGAGCCUCGGCAACUGGCGCAGGAGAGUCGGAUCGACGGAACCCCGCUUUAAUGGAGAUCAAUGUCGCUCAGUUGUCAUCGGCUCCUUCACGCGGUCAGCCCGAGAUAAGCAGCAACACAUCCGGAGGCACCGGCAUAAUCGAUCAAGCUCAGAAUACCAGCGAAAACAUGUUGCGGCAAAUGCAAGCGCUUGGCAACUUGUCGCAGCUGCAGCAAGGCGUGCAGCAACAGCAACAGCAACAGCAACAACAACAUCAUCAGCAGCCGCUCGACAACAAUCAGGCGGGAGCUUCGACGAACACUGACGGAGCAGUCUCGUUCGCAAGCGUCACCUUUGGAGAUCCGCUGAUCCGCGAAGAUCGCGAAGGCUCGCCCGACUCGCUCGAGCUGCAACGAGAACAAACCUUCACCGCCAAAGACGUAGGCAAACGCUUCGGUCUUGACGGCUUGGAACUGAACAAGGACGUUGAAGAGUCGGACGACGAUCAGCGUCGUCGCUCCACCGAUACGCUGCGCCGUGCUGAAGGUGCGCUCGACUUGGCGCUUGAGUCUGUCGAAGACACUCGUGCGUUGGCGUUUGCUCAGCAGUUCCAGCGCGACCUUGACUCGGACGAAUACUCGGACGAGGAACCAGACGAGGACGGGUACGAGGAGGACGAGGAAGACGACAACGAGCCCGACUACGAUUUCGAAGGUACCGCACCGGAUUACAACUUUCAACAAGUGCUGGACGAGCUGUCAAAUUCGGAGGGGAUGUCAGGUGACUUUUUCGACGGACCGUUCGACGCUGAAGGAAUGGGAGCAACGCCUGGUGCGCCUGGUCAGCUCGGCCUCGACGGCAGCGAUCUGUCUCUAUACCCUGAAAUGGGCAGAUCUGUUGCCAGUCGUCAGCAGCAGCAGGAUCUGAUAGCGCAGGCCUCCGAUGGUGCGCCCACGGAUCGCAGUCAGGAGCAGCAAGGCGGCGCUGCUGCGGCUGCUGCCGCCGCCGGUCUGAUGAACCAAAUAUGGAAUGGUGGAAUGACAUUCGAUAACCAGCAACAGCAGCACCAGCAACACUCGAUGGGCAGUGCCAUGCACACUGUUGUGCCGACAAACACCGACGCCUUUCCUAAUGUGCAGGCAGCAGGCUGGACGUCGAGUCCCGUCGACAACGAAAGUACUAGCUACGGGAUGAACCCUAGUCUGAGUCGAAGCAACGGCAGCGCAAAGGCUAGCCCUGGACGGCAAAGCACGACUCACAAUCAGCAAUGA